CCCUGACAGGACUACUGGACGCCUUGCACUCCGUCCAUACCUUCAUUCACAAGUCUCAUUGAUUAGCCUGUGACUGGUUUUAGAUUAUCAAGCCAUCGCUUCAUCGACAUCGGCCCAUCUAUAUUACUACCUGACCUUGCGGCGCACGUUAAGCUAUUUUCCAUCUUAAUUGCAAAUAUUCAGUUAUAAGAUACUCUGUAAAAUCUUACUUUUGUCCAUGUCUCAAGAGGCAAAGGCCGGCAAACCGGUUGGCGCGACGAACAGGACCAUUGCUGCCAUCAGGUUCCAUGCGGAACGUGUGCGAGAAAAGGCGGGUGACGUUUCUCUGAAUUCAGACCACAAUGAAAUUCUGGGAAACAUGGUGGACCUUCACCACAAGAACAUGAGCCAAGUGCGCGCCAGCUUGCUCAACUACCGGCCUUGCGAGUCACGCAGCGUGGAUCAGUACAUCGAUUGGAUGGAUGACUUUGUUGACGACAGUGACGGCGAAGAGGAGCCAGCCGACAGCCGGGACGACUGUCUGCAAACCCGCAGCCCCAACUUGUCCUCACUUCUGGACUCCUCGGACACGCAGCUUCCACCCGCUCGCCAAGGUUCCUCCAUGGUGGCCAGGAGGGCAGUCCAGGAUGUAGACCCGGUAUCCUUGUUCCGCCAGAUGCGGGCGGGAACAAUGUCACGAACUCCAUCGCAACACAUACCGGGCUGUGUCAAGGGCGCGUAUGCCUUCCUGGCGCCGCCUCCACCAGAGCCCGAUGACGAUGCAGAGUCCAAGACGGACUCGUCUACGCUACGCGGCAAGUCGUUCCUCGCAAGGCCGAGCCAACGGGCAGGGGCUGCAUAUGACAUGCUGGCCCAGAUCCGCGGGGCAAACUGGAACUCGGACAACAUGGCAGGAAAGAGCUGCAAGUCCACACCAGGUAAAGCAGCUGAGCACUUUCCCAUCACAUCGCCGCGUUCCGAAAUACGGAGCGAGGUGGUGCUAAGCAGCAGCUUGGGCACCUCGCUCUCGGGCACUGCGGGGACAGCCGGCUCAAGAAGCUUCACGGCAGGUCCAAGCAGACGAGCUGGUGCUUUGCCGGGCGUCAGCGUAAAUGUGCCGCCUAUUUUGAUGGCGUCGGGUGACUUUGACCGGGUGUCAACCGGCCAGCUGGCCAACAGCGCAUCGUCAGGGGGGUUUCUCGACAGGCUAAAGCACAUAUUGAAGCAGUGA